GGGGAGGGGCGCGAGGCGCGGGCGGCCGGGUGCGGGGCCGAGACCCGGGGCCGCGCGGCGGGAGGGCGCCGCGGACCGGGUGGGUGUGCGGCUCUGUCGUCUGGGCCGGCGGCGCGGAGACGGUCUCCCGGCGCGCUGGGGAUGAGCAGGGCGCGGAGUCGGCGGCUCUCUGCGAGCGGAAAGUUUCGCGCGUGGAGUUCGUCUGGCUGUGGGAGCGGGAACGGGAGCGCGGGCCUCCCCGCGGGUGCGGGGCUGCGGCGCUCAGCCCGGAGCUGACCUGCACCUCGGGGUGCGGCCGCUGAACUCCGGGACCAGCCUCCACCAACGCGCUGCGAAUCCGCCACUCCGUUUGUAGGUAACUGGUUUUGGAGUUAAUGCUGAAACCUCUACCCCUUUGGGGUGUGGGCUACAACCUGUUCAUGAGGUCCUUGUGUGGCUUGGGCUUCCUCACAGCUUGGAGUCUGUGCUUCAAAAGAUGCUAAGUGGAAUCAUGGGAUGCUGCUUCCUGAGCGAGCCUCCUCUCUGGAGAGGCAGAGUCCUCGUGUAACCUCCUGCCUUGUACACAACCUGUGUCCUCGGGAGCCCAGCUUGCAGACCACGGCAGUGGUAUCCAUGGGCUCUGCUGACCAUCAGUUCAACCUUGCUGAGCUCCUGACACAAAACUACAGCCUCCAAGAAGGGUGUGCUGAGGCCCCACAGUGUCCUGAAAAGCCGGAGGAGGAGCUGGACAAGGACUUCAUUGACCAGAGCUUUGGCGAUUCUAGAGCCUGCUGUGUCUCUGUCCUGCUUACCUCCUUGAUGGUCCUGAUGCAGAGCAGUGACAUGCCCCUGGAUGAGCUGCUUGCACUGUAUGGGUACGAGUCGUCAGACCCCAUCUCUGAGCAGGAGAGCGAGGGUGGUGACACGGCUCCAGCCCUCCCGGACAUGACCUUGGACAAGGAGCAGAUAGCCAAGGACUUGCUUUCUGGGGAAGAAGAGGAAGAAACACAGUCCUCCGCUGAUGACCUCACCCCAUCUGUCACCUCCCAUGAGGCCUCGGACCUCUUUCAUAACCAGAGUGGGUCCCGGUUCUUAGCUGGUGAUAACGGCCCAGGCUCCUCAGCCUCCUCUGACACUGAAGAGGACGCACUUCCUGCCAACAAGUGCAAGAAGGAGAUCAUGGUGGGGCCUCAAUUCCAAGCUGACCUCAACAUCCUGCACUUGAACCGACAUUGUGACAAGAUCUAUGAAAAUGAAGACCAGCUGCUGUGGAGCCCCAGUGUGCUUCCAGAGCGGGAGGUGGAGGAGUUCCUGUACAGGGCAGUGAAACGGAGGUGGCAGGAGAUGGCUGGCCCACAGAUCCCAGAGGGCGAGGUGGUGAAGGACAGUGAGCAGGCGCUGUAUGAGCUCGUGAAAUGUAAUUUCAAUGUGGAGGAGGCCCUGCGCAGGCUGAGGUUCAACGUAAAGGUGAUCAGAGACGGGCUCUGUGCCUGGAGCGAGGAGGAGUGCAGGAACUUUGAACAUGGCUUCCGUGUUCACGGGAAGAACUUUCAUCUCAUUCAGGCCAACAAGGUACGCACGCGGUCAGUGGGCGAGUGUGUGGAGUAUUAUUACCUGUGGAAGAAGUCCGAGCGCUACGACUACUUUGCCCAGCAGACGCGGCUGGGCCGGCGGAAGUUUGUCUCCUCUGGAACCACGGAUACUGAACAGGACCUGGAUGGGCUUGAUCCUGAUGGCCAUGCCCGGCUGCAGUCUGAGGCAGGGGUGCCUGUGGAGCCCCUGAAUGUGGACAUUGAAGCUGGUGGACUUGAUCAGCCUGGCGUAGGCUCGGAUGACCUCCCUUCCUCAGAGCCAGGACCAUGUCCAUUCCAGCAGCUGGAUGACCCCCCUGCUGCACCCUCGCUCCAGCAGCCCACUAGCCUGGCCACCUCUGCUGAACUCCCACCCACUGCUGCUGCUCCAGAGCCGGGCACCAGCCCCAGGCUGGCUGUGGACCUUGCCCUACCUGAGGAGCUGCCCCUUGCGUCCAGCCCUGUGGAUCUGAGCGAGGACACUGCAGAGCCCAUGGCUCCAGCACAGGUGGCCUUGUCGGUCACUGAAUUUGGACUCAUUGGCAUUGGGGAUGUGAAUCCCUUCCUAACUGGCCAUCCAGCGUGCCCAGCCUCCACACUGCACUCGGAGCCCUUGUCACAGUGCAAUGUGAUGACCUGUUGAUCCCUGGUCAUCUGUGGGUACUUGUGCUCAGAGUGGACAUGGCAGCACUGCCAGGCCUGCGAGUCAGUCUUCCUGACCCCCCUUCCCAUGCAGGCCUGUGUGAUGCCUUCUCUGCUUCAGAACAUGAUGGGAUCCAGUGAAGUGGCCAGGGCCACACAUACCCCAGACCUCAGCAUCCAGCACCGCCAAGGCCCCAGGCUGCCACCAUGCCAUGGAGUCAGCCUGGCAGCUGGGCUCCAAGAGGGCCCGUCCCAACAUGGAGCCAGCCACUGGCCCCUCAGCCAGCAGAGGCUGGUUAGGCGGUGCUGCCUGGGGCUUUGGGCAGGACUCAUCCGCACCAGCAGCCUCUGCCCAGGCACCCUCCACAGGCCAGCUCUUUCCCCACCACAGCGGGGUGUGGCCUCCAGCCUCCGCUCAGCGUGGGACUUCGGGGCACAGAGCCAUAUACCUCGCCCUGUGGCCGCCCGUCUCGGCCCUUUGCCGCCUUCACUUCAGGAAAAGCCGCACUUUAUACCCCAACUGCGUCCUGCCUGCACUCCCCACCCUGUGCCCUGGUGGGGCCUCAGCAUCCCAGGCGCGUGAGGAGCAGAUGGUCUGCUCCCUUCCUGCCCCUCUCCUUGGGGGCUCUCGGGGCACAGCUCUGGAAGCACCACCCUGCCACCCACCUGUCCUGCGGGUCUCAUUUCUUUGGAGGCUCCUAGCAGGGUGGCUGGGCCCAUCCAGUCCUUGGCCUCCCUCAUUUUAUUUAUGUUGGUGUUUACAAUUUGGAGUGGGGUCCCUGGGCAGGCAGCUCCACCCGGUGUUGGCAGAGCGGUGCUGUUUGAGCCUGUGCGGCUGGACUCGACCGUCCCUCGCCCCACCGAGGACACUGUGAUGCGAGACUGCCUUUGCCCAAUGCUAUUUUAUUUAUUAAACUUGAUUUGAAGCCC